CCCCGCCAUGGGUCAGAAGAUCUCCGGCAGCAUCAAGUCGGUGGACGCGCGUGGCGAGCCCUCGUAUCGGCCGGUCCGCCGCGAGCUGCGCGGCCCAGACUUCUGCCGGCCUCCUCGCCUAGACCUGCUCCUGGACAUGCCCCCUGCCAGCUCUGACCUUCAGCUCCACCACGCCUGGAACCCGGAAGACCGCUCGCUCAACGUCUUUGUCAAGGAGGACGACAAGCUGACCUUCCACCGCCACCCUGUGGCCCAGAGCACCGACUGCAUCCGCGGCCGUGUGGGCUACACCCGGGGCCUCCAUGUCUGGCGGAUCCACUGGCCGGCCAGGCAGCGAGGGACCCACGCCGUCGUGGGAGUCGGCACGGCUGAGGCCCCCCUCCACUCAGUGGGUUACACGGCCCUGGUGGGCUCUGACGGCGAGUCGUGGGGCUGGGACUUGGGCCGCAACAGGCUCUACCAUGACAGUAAGAACCGCCCGGCCUCCGCUUCGGCACUGACUUACCCAUGUUUCCUGGAGGCGGAUGAGUCAUUUGUUCUGCCGGAUGCUCUGCUGGUGGUUCUGGACAUGGACGAGGGCACGCUCAGCUUCAUGGUGGACGGACAGUAUCUGGGGGUGGCCUUCAGAGGCUUAAAGGGCAAGAGGCUGUAUCCUAUGGUCAGUGCAGUGUGGGGACACUGUGAGGUUUCCAUCCGCUAUGUCAACGGACUGGAUCCGGAGCCCCUUCCCCUGAUGGACCUGUGCAGGCGCGUGGCCAGGCUGGCUCUGGGGCGGGACCGAAUCCACCAAAUAGACACGCUCCCUCUGCCACAGACCCUCAAGAACUACCUCCAGUACCAGUGACUCACAUGCAAACAUACCAGGAUGACAAAGGACUGCUUGACAACGGCUACAUUUCACUACAGUCAACCCAGAUAUACCCUGAACUAUCCAACAUCUCAUGACGACGACGAUGAUGGUCAAGAAGAGGAAGCCUAAUUUAAGCGCCUUGUUUACACAGAGGAGUUCUGAGUCUAAUUCUAGCAUUUGUGUCCCUAUUUAACUCAGUUUAUUGAAUGUGCUCACUGCUGUCACCUCCCAAGCAGGCUGAUGGAUUGAAAGGUGAAGGGAGGGGAGAUUAUGGGGGCGGGGGAUCAAGGCUGGACUGCAGCAGAAGCACCAGGCUUUGAUGCUGGCUUCUCAUUGAGUCCACACGUCUAUAUUGUGGAAGCUUCUGGAAUGUGUGCCUGGAAGAACAUCGGAUGGUGGGGUGAUGCGUACAUCCAUACAUAGCUACAUUACACAGUCUGGUGGCCGCUCUGAACAUGGUGUAUUAUAUUCAUAUUUAUAAGCAGACCCUAUGGCAGGGUCCGCUGUGACUCUUCAAUAUCCACAGAGAUUGAGAGGAUGGAACACACACACACACAUUCUUGAACGCAUGCAUAUGCAGUCCCGCAUUCUCACAAGAGGCUGUUUUUAGUGUUGUGUCUCGCUCCACAACAGGCGCACUCAGACAGAUGAGUCAGACCCACUGUGACCACACUGCUUUUGGCAACUCUGCAGCCCUGAUCUCUCCGGUCCCCUGUUGACCAGCACCUCCCUCUCAGCUGUCAGUCUUUUUAUUUAUCAGUGGCUUUCAUUGGAACCAGGCUUCCAUCAUGUCUGUCUGGGUGAAUGACUGGGGCUCGGUCCAAAAUGGCAGCCCGGCCCUUUCCAAACACAGUGCACUAUGUUUGACCAGCCUCAUCAGGAGGUGUCCUCUUUGUAGGGAAUAGGGGAGCACCAUGGACAUGCCCUGGGAUGUUGUCUUCAUUGAUCCGUGGGCCAAUCUGCUAUGACUGUUAAUGUGCCUGCUCAGACCAAGCACACAACACCUCUGUCAUGGGGGACUGUAUUUUUUAAGGAAAUGCUGCUUUUUCAAAGAGAACAAUGAUUUUACUCCUUUUGUUCUUAUCCCAAUGCUGAUAUUACUUUUUAAAUGUUUUCUGUUCUUACGGCUGAGGCAUUUGUCCUUUUUUAUUUCUGAUUGAAUAUUAUUUUCUCUAGUUUUGAGAUCUAUCUGCCGGACAGGAUGUGACCCAGGUGAGAGAGGAAGUUAAGGAAUGUGCUGCCUUAUUGGCAUCUUUUAAUGUGAAUAAAAACCAAACGGAACCAAA